UUUGGGUCAUCCGCCGCGUUAUUGGAGUCAGGCGAUAAUUGUGAGGAGGGUCAACAGCCGUUCGUGGUGGAGCGUUGCUAUGUCCUGUUUCACGUUUGCCAGUUUCGUAUGGCACGGUUUCUUCUCGCCUACUCUUUUGGGUGUCUCGCGGGCGGUAAGCAUCCCUCGUUUUAUUUCAUGUCGGUACUGACUUGUCUUCCAGCUCUUUGCAUUAUUGUUCCCAGGACGCAUAUUUUAGCCUCUCUUAUGGCGACUGUCACAAUUGGUAGAUUCUUGGACGCUAUCUUUAUGAAAGAUCAAUCAAAGCUUACUUUGUUGUACUAUCGACGAUUUGGGUACGUGUGGUUCGGCAUUUUGGUACAUUAUCUUCUAUGGCAUUCAAUAGCAAUUCAUACUAUUCCCUAGUGGAAUACGUAGUAUCCUUAUGAGCUAGGAUUUGAAGCCGUUUUCUUUACAAAUUCAAACUUUUUGUACCAUUCAUGUCGAUUCAUCUUAUCACUUGACUCAGUAGGAAACAUCGAGUGACACAGCGACACAUCGAUCGAUCGAUCUAGCAAUCAAACAAGCGCGACGGUUUUUCGGGUAUUACCGGUGGGUGAUCACAGCUCAUACCCGGUCCUGG